AUCACAACAUCUUUUUUGAAUAGAUUUUAUAGCUGAUACAACGAGCAAGAGAAAAUGGCCAUCACAAAGACUUCAGUGACUCUUUUACUUUUAAUAAUAAUGGCUGCUUCGUUGUCUAAUUUCAGCGUCUUGGCUUCAGAGAUCAAACCUACAGGAAGAGUUGAUAAUCAAUGCAAGGAGAUGUGUUCGGCAACGUUUGGGGACGGUAAAUGUGCCGCAGACUGUAGGAAGGCUGGUUUCUCAUCCGGACGAUGUCUUACUUCUUCUCCUUUCGGAAAUAAAUGUUGUUGCACCUAGUGAUAGCUAGAACCAAUCUAUAUGACUAUAUGAGUUUUCUCUUGUUGUAUUGCCACAUAUUAUAAUUGUACUGCA